AUGUUUUGGGGAAGGGCUCAUGUGUACGGGGCGGUGUUUCCCUGGGCUAUUUAAACUAGAGUAACGGUUUUCCCUGCGUUAUUUAUCCCGAGUUGCGCAACGAUACGUCACUCACUUUCACUUUUAUAAAGCACUUGACAACUGCACCAGCAUACUAAACUUACCACUGAAUAAGCUCGUCCAACCUGUUAUAAUACCUACAUCGAUAUACUGUUAACUUUUAAAACUUGGUGGUUAUUCGUUAUAAUUUAUCCUAGGGGAAUGGAUUUUGACUUGCCUCCUUCUCUCCAUGUAAGCGGUACCCCGUGGCACAGCGUCCUUUCACCGUUACUUCCCCGACUGAACGAGCAGAUUGGACGGAACUCGUGGACACCAUCCGAACUUUUAAUUCCGGUUUCCGAGCACACAAGAGCAGCACAGGUUACCUGUGACAACAGAGGAUUUACUGUACAGGUUGAUGUGAAACACUUCAGUCCAGAGGAGCUGCUAGUCAAAGUGGUUGGCGACUAUGUUGUGGUUGAGGGAAAACAUGAACAAAGAAAGGAUGGUUCAGGACUCGUGACUCGCCAGUUCAAUCGCCGAUAUCGGAUCCCAAAUAAUGUGGACACAAUGGCAUUGGAAUCAGCCAUGUCACCAGAAGGAAUGCUUAUCAUCUCAGCACCUCUGCGGGAAGAAGAUAACGCUAGACUUUUAAAUCACAGUGGACUGUAAUGCACACACGUGACAUUUUCAUGUAAACGCUCCCAUUCAUGCAUAAUACCCAAGACCAGAGGUUUCCAAACUUGCUCCUGAAAGCCCGCUGACCUGCAGAGAGGUAAAGCUUAUGUGUGUUUGUUUAGGGUUGAGGCAAAACUCUGGAGGUUAGUGCCUCUUUAGGAGCAGGAUUAGAUAUUCCUGCCCAAGACCAAAGUAAUUUGAAUUUCCUCCGAUUGCCCCGGUGGCGGCACUUUAUUUAUUCUGGCAAUUCCAAAUGUACUGAUUCAAAGCCAACAAUAUCAAAUCACAUUUACUUCGCACUUACUGUUGGCUGACAAAUCUGUUCUCAUGUUAACAGGUCUUCUGACGCUUAAACACAGUCAUACACAGAAACCCACGCACAUACAAGACUGUCAACACUGUUACUCUACUUUGUUAACAGAGUUGACACUGACUAAUCCAGACAACAGGAAAUCAUGAUUUUUAGCACUUUCUAUAGAAAUGCACGGACUCUUCAACUUAUCGACUCAUGCUGAGGUUGUACAUAUUUUUAAAUGAUAAAAUAAUUAUGUGUUAAUUAAAUUAAAAUCUUUAUUUGUGUGAUGUAAAGAAUGUUAAAAUGUUACACCCUUGUUUAUUUGCAAAGAUCUUUAUUUAUAAAUACAGUCAUACACGGUUGAAUCCAAAAAUAAAACAAAAAUAAAUAGUAGUAAACCUUAACAUGAUGGCAUGUUUGAAAUAUUGCUCUUUCUGUAUAUGAAUCAUGUGCCUGUUGGAGGAGUCAAUGGAAGAAACUGCUCAAGCAUCAUGUCAACUUCACUGGAAAAUAAAAAAAAUUCAAUUUAA